AUGGACCAGAUAGAGACACAAAUUCUGUUUGUCCGGAAUCUUCCAAAGGACGUCAGCAAGGACAAGGUUGUGGAGCUGUUUGGGGAGUAUGGAACUAUAGUACAGAUAAGAAUAGGAGUUGAAAAGAACACGGCAGGAAGUGCUUUUGUGGUGUACAGCAGGGUGGAGGGUGCUCGAAAGGCGAUGCGGCGCAUGAACGGGUACUAUCUCGACGGAAUGUACUUGAAUGUAGGGUACUGGCAGCCGUUUGACAAGUUCCGGCUUAUGAUGAGCCGAAGAUGA